AUGGCGGCUGCUCCUGAGCCUUCUGUCUCCUCCUCCGACGACACCCAGCGAGUCGAGGACUCCCCUCAAAGCAGAUCCGGGAUCCUAUCUUACUUCUUCAAUACGCGCCUCGACGAGGAUGUCUGCAUCCAUGAAUACUCCGGCAAGGGUACGGCUGAUGACCCUUAUGUAAUCGAUUACCUCCAGAACGACUCCCAGGAUCCCUUGAAUAUGCCCAUGGCGCGAAAGUGGACUAUCACUGUCCUCCAGGCCAUGUCCGCGUUGGUGGUGACCUUUGCUAGUUCUAUAUACGCCAGCAGCAUCUUUGAUAUCAAAAGACACUUUGGCGUGUCUGAAGAGGUGGCCACACUGGGCUUGGCGCUCUAUGUGUUAGGGUUCGCCCUGGGACCGCUGAUCUGGGGGCCACUGUCCGAGUUGUACGGGCGUAGGCCCAUCUAUAUAAUUUCAUUUAUGGCCUUCACGGCAUUCAGCGUGGCGGCGCCAGUAUCCCCUAACAUUCAGUCCUUGCUACUUUUUCGCUUCUUUGGGUGCGCGUUCGGUUCAUCAUCGAUGACCAAUGGCGGAGGCGUCAUUACCGACAUGUUGACUAAGGAGCAGCGCGGAGCGGCAAUGGGAGCAUUUGUCACGGCUCCUUUUCUUGGGCCUGCACUUGGGCCCAUUGUUGGUGGUUUCCUAGACGAAAACAAGGGCUGGCGCUGGGUUCUCGGUUUAAUCUCUAUCAUGGCCGGUGUGGUCUGGAUUGCUACCACGAUAGCCACUCCUGAAACAUAUGCGCCAUUCAUCUUGCGAUCUCGAGCGAAGGCCCUCUCCAAGUUGACGGGAAGCGUCUAUGUAUCCCGGCUUGAUGCAGGAGAGCCACCCAAGACACUUACACAGGAGCUUUCAAUCGCGCUAUCGCGUCCCUGGGUUCUUCUGUUUCGCGAACCCAUUAUCUUGCUGAUGUCGCUGUAUAUGUCUAUCGUCUAUGGCACACUGUACAUGUUUUUUGCCGCAAUUCCCACCGUCUUCCAAGGUACCCGAGGCUGGAGCGAAGGUCUCGCCGGACUUCCGUUUAUCGGGGUCACUAUUGGUGUCUGUCUUGCUACGGCGUUGUCGGGUGUGGACAAUAAACGCUACGUUCGUCUGUGCGAGGCAAUGGAAGCAAAGGGGGCCACAAUUGAACCAGAAGCCAGACUGAGCACGGCUAUGGUUGGCUCUAUUGUUCUUCCAAUUGGUCUGUUCUUAUUUGCGUGGACGACGUAUCCUUCGGUGCACUGGAUCGCACCGGUUAUCGGCGCCUUGCUAUUCUCGUGUGGACUUGUCCUAAACUUCAUCUCGCAGAUCAGCUAUCUGAUUGACUGCUAUACCAUAUAUACUGCUUCUGUGCUGGCGGCUGGAUCGAUGCUUCGAUCCUUCUUCGGCACUGCAUUUCCACUGUUCACCACCCAAAUGUAUGCAAAUCUCGGAGAUCAAUGGGCGAGCUCUAUUCCUGCGUUCCUGGCGCUUGGGUGCGUGCCUAUCCCGUUUCUGUUCUAUAAAUACGGGCCGAAGAUACGCUCCAAAUGUAAGUAUGCCUCUGAAGCAGCAAGGAUGCUAGAGUUGAUGCGUCGUGGGCAGAACGCCACAAUUGGAGGCAAGCCAGAGGUGGCUGUAGAGACUGUUUAG